CAUUCGCCAUCUUAAACACAUUCACAAGAUUGCACCAAUGGCCGCCGCCGAACACGGAAUAAGCCUCGAACCUGAGAGAAAGAGCCUUCUCAGCCAACACACCGAGAAGCACUUCACCGCCGGCGAAAUAGUCCGCGACAUCAUCAUCGGCGUUUCCGACGGCCUCACCGUCCCCUUCGCCCUCGCCGCCGGCCUCUCCGGCGCCAAUGCCACCUCCUCCAUCGUUCUCACCGCUGGCAUAGCCGAAGUCGCCGCCGGCGCCAUCUCCAUGGGGCUCGGCGGUUAUUUGGCAGCAAAAAGUGAAACCGAUAAUUACCGGAGGGAAUUGAAAAGAGAGCAAGAAGAAAUCAUCACGAUGCCGGAAACUGAAGCGGCAGAGGUGGCAGAAAUUCUAGCUCAGUAUGGGAUCGAGGCACACGAAUAUGCACCUGUGGUGAAUGCUCUCAGAAAAAAACCUCAGGCAUGGCUUGAUUUCAUGAUGAGAUUUGAGCUGGGACUAGAGAAACCAGAUCCAAAGAGAGCAUUGUAUAGUGCAAUGACAAUUGCCAUCGCUUACAUAUUGGGAGGAGUUGUCCCACUCCUUCCUUACAUGUUCAUUGCAAGGGCAUCAGAAGCGGUUGUGUUCUCAGUUAUAGUAACCUUGGUUGCAUUGCUGGUUUUUGGUUAUGCCAAGGGUUACUUUACGGGCAAUAAACCAUUCAGGAGUGCUUUGGAAACAGCUCUAAUAGGUGCCAUCGCCUCUGCAGCUGCUUUUGGUAUGGCAAAGGCUUUCAAUCCAUAGAUUCUCCGUGCCUUGUAUUUCAUAGCAACUAAGUUUCUUAUAAAAACUUUGUUAUUCUUCAUAAGAAAAAGACCUUUUCAAAUUUUUUGCUGUUAUUAGUUAUUACUUAUUACUUAUUUUAAUUUUUUGUACAGUAAGAUUACAUGCGAGCACAACCCCUUUUAUUCAAUAUUAUGAUCUUCAAUGCCACCC